UUCCAUACUUCCUACCCUGACAGCUGAACUUGGAUCUCUUUUUUUACAAGCUCGUGUUUUAGCCGCAGUUUUUCCACAUAAUAUCUCCACUAUGGCGUUUCAGUGUCAGCGAGACUGUUAUAUGAAGCAGUUUGUGACGUCUGUCGUGUCCUGCUGCCCCGCUGAGUUAAAGCAAGAAGUUGGCACAAAGAAAGAAACUGUCAAGGGUUUCAAUGUCAAGCUGCAGGACACCAUCUUGUUUCCUGAGGGAGGCGGACAACCCGAUGACCACGGGCUGAUCGGCGACGUCCCCGUCCUCAGGGUGACGCGGCAGGGACCGGACGCGGUACACUUUGUGACUUCACCCGUGGAGGUGGGUCAGGAGGUGCAGGUGAAGGUGGACUGGGAGAGACGCUUUGACCACAUGCAGCAGCACUCGGGUCAGCAUUUGAUCACGGCACUGGCAGAUUCAAUGUUUGGAUACAAGACCACAUCCUGGGACCUAGGACGUCAGAGAAGCACCAUUGAGCUGGACACUCCCUGCCUGAAGCCUGCACAGCUCCAAGCUCUGGAGGAAGCCAUUAACGAGAAGAUCAGAGCUCAAGUCCCCGUCACUGUUCAGCUUCUCUCCAUUGACGACCCUGCUGUGGAAAAGGUGAGGAGUCGAGGGCUGCCAGACGAUCACGCCGGACCAAUCCGCAUCAUCGAUAUCGAGGGCGUCGAUGCCAACAUGUGCUGUGGAACUCAUGUUUCUAAUCUCAGUCACUUACAGGCAAUAAAGCUCUUGGGAUCCGAGAAGGGAAAGAAAAACAAAACCAACCUGAUCUUCCUGGCGGGAAACAGGGUUCUGAAGUACGCGGAGCGAAGCUACAGCACAGAGCGCUCGCUUGUGUCUCUUCUCAAAACUGGACCUGAUGAGCAUGUGGAGGCUGUCGACAAGCUGCAGAAAUCUGUGAAGCUGCUACAGAAAACAAACCUCACUCUGCUGCGAGACAUGGCCGUGCUCAUCGCUCAGAAUUUUAACAACAACCCAGAGAGAGGAAACUUCUUCACUUUACACAAAAAAGAAGGUGAUAAUGAGUUCAUGAAUAUUAUCGCCAAUGAAUUAAACACUGAGGAAACCGUGGUGUUCCUCACAGUUGGAGAAGACAAAGGACCUGGUUUGUUUCUGUUGGCCGGACCCAGUGGACCAGUGACUGAAAUGGGACCACGGGUGCUGGAGAUGCUCCAGGGGAAGGGGGCGGGGAAGAACGGACGCUUCCAGGGCAAAGCCAACAGCCUGGCGAGGAGAGCGGAGGUGGAGGCUUUUCUGCAGCAGCACGGCAAACAUCACACCUCAGAGGAGGAAUAAACCCACAAACUACUCAAUCUAACGCACAGAAUCCAACAAGGAGAAUUCACUUCAAUUGUCUUAAAUAUUCAGAUUUUGUGUUAAACACAAAAGAAAGUGUAAAUUAGUUGAUGAUUAACUUGAAAAAGUAUAAUAAAUGUACACAUCUUGGCCGCA